AUGCUCGCCACUACUAUCAUCACCCUCGCGUUAGCCGCAACCGGCCUCUCGCAAGCACCAGAAGGGUACCGCACGGUCUACAUAACAUCCGCGCAAGACACCAAAUUCGUCGUCGUACCCAAGACGCGAGCCGCAGGGGCAACUCUCGUGGUGCAAGCCCUCACCUCGACCGCGGCGCAAUCAUGGUACAUCAAGGCGCCUAACAACGCCACAUCCAUCCAACUCGCAUCCACCACCCUCUGCAUGGAUGCUGGGCCCAAGUCCGGCUGGAAGGACAUGGCCAACAUCUACCUCCGCGAAUGCGUACCUGGAAGUGAACAGCAAACCUGGAACGCUAUGGCCGAUGGGCGCAUUGCUCUUGCUGCUAGCAGCGGUACUCAGCAGUGUGUUGAUCUCCAGUAUCUGAGAGCUACGCAGAACAACCCUGUCGGAUUGUACAAUUGUGCAGGACUGGGAAAUACGGGGGCGGCGGAUAAGGGGAUCAACUGGCCAUUGAAGAAUGCCACUGGUGUGUAG